AUUUGCGAGUCAUAUGCUGCAUGCCACGGACUGAUAUACAAUGCUGUGAAAAGUGUGGUCAUGGUCUUUGAGAGCAGAGGCAAAAACUCAAUGGGCUUUCCAGAUAUUAAACUUAAGGGUAUAGCGCUGAAGAGGGUAUAUAAAUUUAAAUAUUUAGGACAUCAAUUGGCCUCGGAUCUCAAAGAUGAUGAUGACAUUGAACGGGAGCGGAGGGCGCUGGCGGUGAGGGCGAAUAUGAUAGCACGCAGGUUUGCGCGGUGCUCUAGACAAGUUAAAAUUACGUUAUUUAGAUCACAUUGCACAUCUUUCUAUGCAUGCAACCUGUGGGCUGUAUAUACUCAAAAAUCCUACAGCGACCUCCGUAUCCAAUAUAAUAACGCGUUCAGGGUGUUGAUGGGGCUGCCACGAUUCUGCAGCGCGUCAGGGAUGUUCGCUGAGCAUCGUGUAGAUUGUUUUUAUGCCACGAUGCGAAAAAGGUGUGCGUCUCUGGUGCGCAGAGUACGUGCCAGCACCAACAGCAUCCUGAGUAUGAUAGCAAGCAGGCUGGACUGUGUGUACGUUAAUCACUGCUGCGCAAUUUCCAAUGGAAUUGUGCAGCGGUGAUUAUCUGUAUACUACUUAAUAUAUUGUAUGUGUGUAUGUGUGUGUAUGUGUAUUGUGUAUGUAAAUUUACUAACAUUAGUUUUUAAGAAUAUUGUUACUAAUAAAUAUUUAAUGGACCAAAAAGUCUGAAAUAAAAAUUAUUAUUAUUAU